AUGUUUCCUCUUUCCACAGAGGCUGUUGGUCCCCAUAAAAAGCCUAAGAAAGAACCUCAUCAGCUCCCAUUGAAAAGGGAACAGCAAAGAAGAAGGAGUAGAACAAGAUGGCAGAGGAGGAACGAAUCAUCCGCUUCUCAGGGUGCUGAAUCCCAGGACAUCCUGCCAUACCGUGGAAGAAUCACUUGCCCCAUUUGUAGAAAAGAAUUCCUUUACCAAUCAGAGUUUGAUAUACAUUGGAGAAAACACACAGGGGAUAAACCACAUCAAUGUGUGGACUGUGGAAAGACCUUUGCUCAGAGUAUGCAGCUUACUGUCCAUCAACAUAUGCACACAGGAGAGAAACCUUUUAAUUGUAUAGACUGUGGAAAGAGCUUUGCUCAGAGGACGAAUCUUACUAAGCAUCGACGUAUCCAUUCAGGAGAGAAACCUUUUAAUUGUAUGGACUGUGGAAAGAGCUUUGUUCAGAGGACGAAUCUUACUAAGCAUCGACGUAUCCAUUCAGGAGAGAAACCUUUUAAAUGUGUGGACUGUGGAAAGAGCUUUGCUCAGAGUACAGAGUAUACUGUCCAUCGACGUAUCCAUUCUGGGGAGAAACCUUUUAAUUGUAUUGACUGUGGAAAGACCUUUGCUCGGAGUUCACAGGUUACUGAGCAUCGACGUAUCCAUACCGGGGAGAAACCAUAUAAGUGUGAGGACUGUGGAAACAGGUUUGCUCGUUAUUCAAACCUUAUUGUCCAUCGACGUAUCCAUUCAGGAGAGAAACCUUUUAAAUGUGUGGACUGUGGAAAGAGCUUUGCUCGGAAUACAAAUCUUACUGUCCAUCGACGUAUCCAUUCAACGGAGAAAUCUUUAAAAUGUGUGGUCUGUGGAAAGACUUUUGCUCAGCAUAUGCAGCUUACAGCCCAUCAACGUAUCCAUACAGGAGAGAAACCUUUUAAAUGUGAGGACUGUGGAAAGAGUUAUGCUUGGAGUACGCAGCUUACUGUCCAUCGACGUAUCCAUUCGGGGGAGAAACCUUUUAAAUGUGUGGACUGUGGAAAGAGCUUUGCUCGGCAUUCGCAGCUUACUGUCCAUCUACGUAUCCAUUCAGGGGAGAAACCUUUUAAAUGUGUGGACUGUGGAAAGAGCUUUGCGUGGAGUUCAAAACUAACUGUCCAUCGACGUAUCCACACAGGAGCUAAACCAUAUAAGUGUGUGGACUGUGGAAAGAGCUUUGCUGAGAGUACGUAUCUUACUAUCCAUCGACGUUUCCAUUCAGGAGAGAAACCUUUUAAUUGUAUAGAUUGUGGAAAGACCUUUGCUCGGAGUGCACAGCUUACUGAGCAUCGACGUAUCCAUACCGGGGAGAAACCAUAUAAGUGUGAGGACUGUGGAAAGAACUUUGCUCGUUGUUCAAACCUUAUUGUCCAUCGACGUAUCCAUUCAGGGGAGAAACCUUUUAAUUGUGUGGACUGUGGAAAGAGCUUUGCUCGGAGUACGAAUCUUACUGUCCAUCGACGUAUCCAUACUGGGGAGAAACCAUAUAAAUGUGUGGAUUGUGGAAAGGGCUUUGCUCAGAGGGCACAGUUUACUGCCCAUCAACGUAUCCAUACAGGUGGAAAACCAUAUAAAUGUAUGGAUUGUGGAAAGGACUUUGCUCAGAGGACACAGUUUACUGCCCAUCAAUGUAUACAUUCAGUACAGAUUCAUCGCCAGGAGUGGAAACCUACGCCAAAUCCCAAGCCCUAGACUACAGCCCAGUCCGCACCCCCUCAACUGCCAGCCUCCUGAGUUCCCACUUCCCAUCCCCUAUGUGUAAAGCAACAAGAAAAGCAACUUGGAAUGAAGAUGUUUGAGAAAGUUCAGAAGCUCCAAAGUUACAUUGACAAUGGUUCUUCUCUGGCCGACAGACCGAUAAGCUUUCCCAGGACAGGGAGAGGAGCAGGCAGCCACAGUUGCUAACGUCAGUGUUCAAACAGUGGCACACACAGGCCAUGAAAGUUGGGACGCUCAGAAGACGCUGCUCAUCAGCCUGACACCAUCUGUGAAGAAAGCACACCAUAAAUAUACAUUGAGUUACUCUAUGAAAUUGGACUUUAUUCACUUACCUUAUUGAGACUUACUUUUGGAUCCUUGAGAUACCUGUUGAAUGGCCUGACAUUUAUUGUUUCACUGGAGAUUUGUGGUUGGAUCCUAUGUUGCUUCAUUGAUUGCACCCGUUAAAUAUUCUGUAUUUCUCCUAGCAAUUAUUGGCAGCCUGUAUUGUGUGUGU